UACCUUGAUACGUAUGCGCAGUAUUUCUGCGACGUAUGUGUAGCAUGGAUUUAUCAUAAUAGUUCGUGAUAAAAUUCAGAUGAAGUAAUAAUUUGUGUAUCAAAAUAAAAGUGGCAAAUAUUCUAUAGAAUUGAACAUGUUAUCAUGAACACGUUAUUUGUAUAAGAUUAAAAUUUCGAUAUAAUACUUGUACUGAUAUUUUUAAUAUGACAUGACAAAUUAAAUAAUCGUGACUGUUUUGUAUUCAUAAAUAAUCAUAGUUAUAAUUUAAAAAAGAAAUGGAUUUGGUAUAUGGUCACUAUAAUCAGAACGCUUCAGAAAAAAUUAAUAUAAAGGAAUAUUUUGAAAAAUAUUCCAGUAUUAUGAAGCCGUUUUAUCUUAGUUGUUUGGCUACAACAAAAGAUCAAUCUAUUCUUAAAAUAAUGAAAAAUGAUUUAGGAAAUGAGGAAAUGGAUUUGUUGUCAGAGUACUGCAGCGAAGAAAAUUUAACUGUACCUGGAGAGGUUCCUAGAAUGAAAGAAAAUCUGCCAAUAAAAAACAAAGAUUUACGUAAAGUAUCUAUGAUUACAGAAGAUAUUAACUUAGAAACUAUACGGCAGUUGAAAAAGAGGAAAGAAUCGAAGGAUCAAUAUCUUUUUAAAUUUACUAGUGAACUAUUUAUUAAGCAUGGAAAGAUCAACAAACAUAAUGAAAACACAAUUGACCUUGCUGUACCGUAUGAAGAUAUUUUUAUUGAUAUUAGAAUAUAUGAACCUUUUAUGCAUUCAUCAAAUCAAAUGAAAAGUAAUUACAAAAAGACAAAACCUACUCUGAAAUAUGUAAUAACAAUAUUAGGAAAACAGACGCUUGCUGAAUUACGUGAUAAAAUAAAAUGUUUAUCAGAUUUAACAAUUCCAAUAGAAACCAGUGAUAAUCCUAAUCAACCGUUUCAACCAAUGGCAAAAGAUGUGUACAAGUCAGGCUUCUUUUAUAUAGAAGAUACAUUUUACAAUGACUUUAGAGAUCCAGCAAAUAUAGAUUAUAGUAAAGUAAUAAUAGAAUGGGCAAAGGCAAAACAAUUAGGACCAUUUAAUACUGAUUCUAUGGAAAAAAUUACAAUAGAUUCCCUUUCUGUAAGAUUUGGCUAUCCAUGGGUAUACCAACAUCAAGGUUUCUGCGAACAUCUCAUUAUAUUCAGUGAUGCAAGACUGGUACAACCUUAUGACGAAUUACAUAUAUCUGCAUAUCCAAGAAUACAAAGGAUUAGACCCCAAAGAGCUAAUUACUGUUUUAUGUGUGGACUUCUGCCUGUUCGAUGGAUUACAACAGAUCAUGAUAGAGUACCUCAUAAUCCUUGCUUUUUUUGUGAAAGUUGUUUCAAAUCAUACAAUUACAUUGAUGGUAAAAAGAUUGGAAAUUUUAAAGCAUACCGCUACCCCUGUGAUUCUAAUCUUAUGAGAGAAGAAGAAGAAGAAGAGGAAGAAGAAGAAAACGAAAAAAAAGAUAUUACGUAAAUAUUAAUGUAAUUCUAACCAUUUCA